CAAACUUUCAGUCUCAGUUUGAGUGCUAACAACGUUAAUUCGUGAUAAACUCGAUACAUACACAUUUACAAUAAUUAUAAAAAAGUGGAGCAUACAUACGUAGCAGACAAUAUCUCAGAGGCCGACAGACAUGCGUUCAUAAUAUAUAAGAAAAACAGCUGCUCGUUGAUUGCAGCAGUAAAACACACAAAAACAAUUUGUAGCUCGAUAGCGGCCAAUCGGACCGGGGGGCUUCGUCUUCUUUGUUUGAGCAUAUCUCAAAUGUCGAAAUGUGCUUGGAACUUUAAAGUCGCCAACAGCAACAACACCAACACCCUCAGCAACAACAACUGCAGACAUUAAAGAACUUUGCACUGUCCUAGCCUCGGUGAAUAAACAAAAUUCAAGAAUUUCAAAAUUUGCUGAGGUGAAAGUUUUCUUUGUUUUUAUUCUCAAAGAGACAAUCAAUUAUUAGGCAAUGGAGCGCUGGAAGCCUUCGUACGAUUGCGAGGAAGAUGCCAUGGCCGCACCCUCUGUAUGCCCAGUGGCCGAGACAGUGCCAACUGCGCAGCGGAUCUUCGGUGACAUUAGCACCAAUCGGCUGUGGACAUUUCGUGUCAGGGUGAACGAGAAGCUCUCCGUCUUCGAGCAGCUUGGAAUUGUGGGCAGCUGCGAGGCACUGGGCAAUUGGAAGCAUACUGGAGCAGCGUUGAUGACUCGCGAGGAAUCACAAGAUGAGGAUGAGGAUGGUCAUGUCUGGACAGCUCAAGUGUAUAUACCACGUCAUUGUGACACUCAGUAUCGCUAUGUGGUCUUUGGUGUAGAUGCUACGUCGGAGCAACUACUGGUGCGUCGCUGGGAGGUGCAGCUGGAGCCGCGUUGUAUUAAGGAAUGGGAUGAGCAGCCGCCUGAGUGCCAGGAAACAUUCGGAUGUGUCAAUGGCCAGGAGAAAGUGGAUCGCGGCUGGCUGACCAAAGAGUCGCUGGUGCAGCUGAAGUUCUUCUAUGCGCCGUUCACCUGGAAACAGCGCAUGAAGCGGCGUCUGGUACACGUCAAAGUGACGCCCAUGAAUCUGCGCAUCCCCACCACAGGCUGCGCCGAGAUGGCGCCCGUCAGCACGCUCGAGGACUCGCUAUCGAACGACACACAUGACACGCGCGAGAAUGGCGGCGACAGCACAGCCUUCGCCUUCAGUGAGGUGGUCACCCUCAGCGCCGACAGCUGCGAGAUACGCACCCAGGAGCAAUUCGGCACCGCGUGCAGCGCCACGGACUUGGUCAUCUUUCAUCUGACUGUGGCCGAUCUGGACAAUGUGGCCUAUCUGGUGGAUCUGUAUAGCUACAAAUCGAAGGUGGAGCGGGAGGACGGCCCGCCGCAUCACCUGGGCUAUCAUUAUGUGUUACCAAAUCUCUUCAAGCGCUCCGAAGGCAAUCUGGAGCUACCUAUUACCUGUGCCAAGACCCACCGGCCACUGGGCAUGAUGAAACUAGGCUAUUUGAUAGUCAAGCCCUCGUCCCACAGCGCCCACAUGGACAUGCGCGUGAGCUAUACACGCUACUGGAACAAUAAGUGGACCGGCUUGGAUGUGGGACAUCGUGGCUCCGGCACCAGCUUUAAGGCGAUGGACGCUGUGAUCAGAGAGAAUACAAUCACCUCGCUGAAGAACGCCGCCGAGCAUGGCGCAGACAUGGUGGAGUUCGAUGUGCAAUUGAGCAAGGAUCUCGUGCCGGUUGUCUAUCAUGAUUUCAUGAUCUAUGUGUCGUUGAAGAGCAAGUGCAGUAUGCAGGAGCACGACUUUCUGUCACUGCCCAUGCGUGAGCUGACGCUGGAGCAGCUCAAGAAGCUGAAGGUGUAUCACACGGCGGAGGGGCUGUCCCGUGAGACGCGCUCCUUUCACAACGACGAUCUGCUGGAGCAUCAGCCGUUUCCUCAGCUGGCCGAUGUGCUGGAAGCCCUGGAUGAGCACAUCGGCUUUAAUAUAGAGAUAAAAUGGUCGCAGCGCCUGCAGGACGGUCGCAUGGAGGAGGAGUUUGAGCAUGUCGUGGAUCGUAAUCUCUAUAUCGAUUGCAUUUUGGAUGUGGUGCUGCGCAAGGCGGGCAGCAGACGCAUCGUGUUUAGCUGCUUUGAUCCGGACAUAUGCACAAUGCUGCGCUACAAGCAGAAUCGUUAUCCGGUCAUGUUCCUCACGCUGGGCCAUACGACCAAGUACCAGAAGUAUAUGGACCCACGUGGCAAUGCCAUGGAGACGGCCGUGUGGCAUGCGGUGGCCAUGGAGCUGUUAGGCAUCGUGGCACAUACGGAGGACCUACUGCGUGAUCCCAGCCAGGUAAAUCUGGCAAAGGAGCGUGGCCUGGUGCUCUUCUGCUGGGGCGAUGACAACAAUUCCAAAGACACAAUCAAGCUGCUCAAGGAAUUGGGUCUGCAUGCCAUCAUCUAUGACAAAAUGGAUGUUCUGACCACCAAGGAGGUUAAACAAAGCGUGUUCCUGCUGCAGGCCAAGGACAGCCAGAAGGAGAUGCUAAAAUUGCAGGCACUCGAAAUGGGCCACGUCUGGCACACCUCUGCCUCGGGCAGCGAGGAGCAGCAAGCCUGAGCGUUGCAUAGCUUUAGAUUUACAAACAAUCCACAAACGCAGACAGCUGUUGGAAAUAUGUUUAUUUACUCGAUUUUUCAGACUGUGCUCAGUGGACUCUCUCCAAUAACAUAUAUAUAUAAUACACAAACAUAUGCUAACACACAUGAACACACACACCUUUGUGAACAUUUUCUCACCUAGCCAAUUGCAUUUGCAUUUUGUAGUAAAUUUUAAUUGUUUUUCUCAGUUGCCCACGCCAAUUAUCUUUUGUGCCUCCUUGCAUCAAUUUGUAUGCGCAAUAUUCUUAUGUAGAUUUUGACAGUUCGCUCUAUACUUCAUUUUUUACGUUCCCGAAAAUUGUUUACUUGAUGCAACUGUGAAAAAUGUA